AGGGACAGAAGGGGGGAGGAGGACAGAGGAGGAGGACAGGAGGAGACGAGAGGAGACGAGAGGAGGGUGCUGGUAGAGGGACAUUCACUCAUUGUUACCAACUCGAGGAGCGGCGGAGACCCCGUCGCUACACGUGAAUUUUCGGCACAGCAUUCAGAUCGCAGGCUGAACGCCAUCUCCAUCAGUGAUUGUCAUCGACAUUUUCUCCAAAGCAUCACGCUGUCCGUCACGGCAGGACAGGGAGGAGUGUGAGUCGUUCGGUCACAGCACAGCAUCUCUCAGGUGAUGGAGGUCUUGUGACGCACUGCUGCCGCUGACUGGAAUCCGCACAGUGAUGGAUGCAGCCAGCUUCAACCAUGGUCCUAUUGGAUUACGCUCCCAGACGGUUUCUCUGUGAGCUGAAGAGGAGGAAGAGACUACCAGACAGUCCUGGACACUCCUUAAGCCUUGUGAUUUCCCUUUCCUGGUGAAUGGGCCAGACGCUAACCGGGCUUAACCCCUCUUCCUAACCAGCCGUGGGCCACCUGGGUCUUUCUUCUCUCCUGCUGUACGGACCAGUCAUGGAUCUCCUGUGGGUGCUGUCGGUGUCCAUGUUGACGGUGUGUGUUGCCAUCCCCAUGGAUGCGGCGGCGGGGAGCCACAGUAUGUUCACCUGUGAGCCCAUCACCCUGCGCAUGUGCCAGGGGCUGCCCUACAACUCCACCUUCAUGCCCAACAUACUGAACCAUUACGACCAGCAAACUGCCGCCCUCGCCAUGGAGCCGUUCCAUCCCAUGGUGAACCUACAGUGCUCUUCAGAGCUCAGGAUGUUCCUGUGCGCGCUCUACGCCCCGGUGUGUACCGAGUACGGGCGGAUGACUCUGCCCUGUCGCCGCCUCUGUCUGCAGGCCAAGAGCGACUGCUACAAACUAAUGGACAUGUUUGGCGUCAGCUGGCCGCAGGAGAUGGACUGUAACAGGUUCCCAGACUGUGACGAGCCAUACCCCCGUCCUGUAGACCUCCUGUCCAGCUCAGACACAACCGAAACCCCCGCCUCCGUCCAGCGGGACUACGGCUUCUGGUGUCCAAGAGAACUGAAAAUCGACCCCGAGCUGGGCUACUCCUUCAUGGGGGUCCGCGACUGCUCUCCCCCCUGUCCCAACAUGUACUUCACACGUGAGGAGCUGAUGUUCGCCCGCUACUUCAUCGGGGUGGUGUCCAUCGUCUGUCUGUCCGCCACCCUCUUCACCUUCCUGACUUUCCUCAUCGACGUGUCACGCUUCCGCUACCCAGAGCGUCCUAUUAUAUUCUAUGCCGUGUGCUACAUGAUGGUGUCCCUGGUGUUCUUCCUGGGGUUUCUGUUGGAGGACAAAGUUUCCUGUAACGCAGCGAGUCCUGGGAGGUUUAGGGCUUCAACGGUGACCCAAGGCUCCCAUAAUAAGGCCUGCACCCUUCUCUUCAUGGUGCUUUAUUUCUUCACCAUGGCCGGCAGUGUCUGGUGGGUCAUUCUGACCAUCACCUGGUUCCUGGCUGCUGUUCCCAAGUGGGGCAGUGAGGCAAUAGAGAAGAAGGCCCUCCUCUUCCACGCUUGUGCCUGGGGCAUCCCUGGUGUCCUCACGGUUACCCUGCUCGCCAUGAACAAGAUCGAAGGAGACAGUGUCAGUGGUGUUUGCUUUGUAGGGAUGUACAAUUUGACGGCUCUGCGUUGGUUCCUGCUGGCCCCACUGGGAGUGGACGUAGUGGUUGGUGUGGCACUGCUGCUGGCAGGCAUAGCGGCACUAAACCGAGUCCGCAUGGAGAUUCCACUGGAGAAGGAGAACCAGGAGAAACUGGUGAAGUUCAUGAUUCGUAUCGCCGUGUUCUCUGUGCUCUACCUGGUCCCUCUGCUGGCCGUUCUGGCCUGCUACCUUUAUGAGAACAGCUACCGAGCCAUCUGGGAGACGACCUGGAUCCAGGAGAAGUGUCGAGACUACCAUAUCCCCUGCCCCUACCAGGUGGAGCGUACUAGUCGUCCUGACCUGGUCUUGUUCCUGAUCAAGUACCUGAUGAUGCUGAUCGUAGGAAUCCCCUCGGUGUUCUGGGUGGGCAGUAAGAAGACCUGCUUCGAGUGGGCCAGCUUCUUCCACGGCAAGAGACGCAAAGAAGCAUUAACCCGCUCUCCCACCGCCUGCUCCACACACUCCUCCAUCCUCUUCUACCACACUCACCACCCCGCAACCUUCCCCCUCUCCCUCCCCACCCUCCUGCGCCUCUCCAUGCCCUCCCUGCCCCCAAUCUCCUCCUCUUCCUCCUCCUCCACCACUCCCUCCCUGCCCUCCUCCUUCCCCCGCUGCAGCGGGAUGGUCAACGAGAGCCGACAGGUGCUCCAGGAGCCCGACUUCGCCCAGCUCCUGCUCAGGGACCCCAACACGCCCAUCGUGAGGAAGUCACGGGGCACGUCCACCCAGGGGACCUCCACCCACGCCUCAUCUACCCACCUGGCCAUGUUGGACGAACCGCCCAGCGCCAGCACCAGCCGGGCCGGCUCGGUCCGCAGCUCACGCUCCAAGAUGAGCAGCUACCACAGCAGCUUGCACCGCUCCCGGGACGGCAGAUACACAGCCUCCAGUUUCCGGGCCACAGACGACCGGCUGCCCUACGGAAGCAUGCCUCGCCUCAACGACCAAUCGCAGUCCAGACACUGCAGCACCAAUCGCCUGGACAGCCUAUCGCGGCACGGCUCCACCCAGCUACUGGAGAGCCAGUCGCGGCACAGCAGCGUCAGGGACCUUAGCAGCGCCACCCAAGUUGUUCUCGGUGUCCCUGGAAACGGGAUCCACAGGGUCCUGGAGGAAGACGGAGCUACAGCCUGAACAGGAAUGGAACUGUAAUCUCGUUUUGCUGGAUACUUCUGAAGAAGAUGUGACAGGACGGGUAGAAGUGAACAUAGGAAAGAUGACUUUUCUUUCUUUUUCUAGAAAGUUAAAGAAUGUGUGAGGAUCCACAGUAAGCGUGACAGGAUGCAGAGUAGCAGCCGCUGUGGGAUCCACUCCUGUUGAAUUUGGGAGCUCAGAGCUGAAGCACACAGUGAUGCUCCAGUUUACUGACGAAGUUAGCUAGAAUAGGCCACAUCCAGCCAAAUUCAGAGGACUGAGUGUGGAUUGAUGCCUUAUAAUGUCCUCUCAGCUUUACUCGCCCUGAUCCCAAAAACCGAAGUUCAAAAUGAUUUUUGGCCAGUUUACAGAACUACGAUGGUUUUGUGGUCCUGUGGUCCUGAUGGUGACCUGUGGAUAGCCAGUACUGGAAAAUGACGACAGAGCUUCACUGUUGGACCUACGUUAGAGCCAGUCAAGAACAAAAUGUGACCAACACAGACAGACUGCACUGGAUUGUUUUUUUUGUUUUUUUACUUGUGCUGUACUUGUUUGUAUAAAAGGACUCUGAAUGAUGGAUGUUAGACAUUACAAGCUUUCUCUUCUAGUCUGCUUUUUAGCUCUCGGGAGGGAAGCAGGGUAUUGUUUUGUUUUUUUGUUUUACCUGCUACAUUUGAACUAUUUUGCACCUCUUCAGCUCUUCACCUUAUUUAUAAAGGCAAUUCUUUCACACCCAAUUUAAAACUCCACAUGAAAAGGUAACAAAACCACUUCUGGGAAACGCUCUCUACAAAUACUGUACAUGACUCCGCUUCACUGUAAUGAUGUAUGUAAUGAUAAGAAGAGCAAUGUCUGGAUGCCAAAAUUCAAGGGCUGAAAUACUGGAAAAAAGCUGAGACCCAUUUCCUGCCUUAUGACUGUGUGUUCAGACAGAACGCUGAGUGAAUUUUACAGGUGGCGUGAUUACAUACAAAGUCAAUGGAAGAGUGAAAGAACUGGA